AUGGCAAUAUCACCCAUGGAAGUCGACUCAGAGAAUGGCGCACUCCAGAGAAAACAAUCAACCUAUAAGUUCCUGGAUGAGAGCUUUGAGAUACAGAGAGAGAUGUACAGAGGGCAACAGUACAGUCAGAUUUACUUUGCUAGACUUCACCUCAUGAGAACACUGCUCUACUCUCUUCUUCCCACCUGGAAACCCCAUCUGCCAAGUUGUACCGUGCUUGGACUAGAAGAAGGGAAAGAGUGCGUCAUUGUUGGAACCCUUUAUAAGCACAUGAAACUCAAACCUUCCAUACUUGAUGAGUAUUCAAAGGAGAGGUCAGCAAGCCCGCUUGUAAAACCCCAUAACUUUGUUCACUCAGAUGAUCAUCUAGUUCUGGAAGAUGAAAGUGGAAGAGUUAAACUCUGUGGGGCCCUUCUUUCGCCUUCUGUUUAUGUAACAGGUAUAGUCACUGCAUUGCAUGGAAAAGAAACCGGGAAUGGAGAAUUUUUGGUUGAAGAUAUCUUGGAAGCUGGCCUUCCUCCUCAGACGAAGCUGCCUGUUCAUUCUGCAGGUGAAGAUAAAUUUGUAGUUUUUGUAUCGGGAUUGAGUGUCGGGAGCUUCUCCGCUAAUCCUCUCCAUUUUCAGCUCUUUGUCGACCAUAUAACCGGACAUUUAGGAGACGAAAAGGAACAAGGAAUUGCAGCUCAAAUUGUUCAAGUUGUUAUUGCUGGGAAUUCUGUUGAGCUUCCUCGUGGGCUUCUUCAUGGUCAGACCCUGGGUUCAAAGGAUCAGUCAAAGCUUUCUGAGCCAAUAAAGGAGCUCGAUAUUCUUCUAACUCAGGUUGCUGCAGGUAUGCCUUUAGAUAUAAUGCCGGGAACUAACGACCCUGCAAAUUUCUCUAUGCCGCAACAGCCUCUGAAUAGAUGCCUUUUCCCUGGAUCAGCGGCUUACAACACUUUCAGAUCCUGCACUAACCCUCAUUCCUUUGAGCUAGACAAUAUUAGAUUCCUAGGUACUUCAGGUCAGAACAUUGACGAUCUUGCCAAAUAUUCUGACGCAAAAUGUAAACUUGAAUUCUUGGAGAGGACAUUGAGAUGGAGGCACAUAGCACCCACAGCCCCAAAUACUCUAGGUUGUUAUCCUUUUACAGACAGAGAUCCAUUUUUCCUCGAAAAUUGCCCCCAUGUCUACUUUGUCGGUAAUCAAGAUAAAUACGAGACUGGCUUGAUCGAGGGAUCAGAAGGGCAGGUGGUAAGACUCAUUUGCAUUCCUAGAUUUGCCGAAACUGGAAUUGCUGUCGUGUUAAACUUGAGGAAUCUUGAAUGUCAUACUCUCAGUUUCGGAACUCAGUUUAGCUCAUAA